AUGGCUACGGCUGCUGCUUCUUCCCUUACAAUCGCGUCCUCCUUGUCCGAGCCCCGGACUCAGUUCCAUGCACCGAAGCGCUCGAACCUUUCUCUUCAAUACUCUGUCCCGUGUAAGGCCAAUUCAAGGAGCAAAAGACUCGUUGUAAACUCUGUUUCAUCGCCCAAAGUUGAGCUCCGUACUGGCCCCGAUGAUCUCAUUUCCUCCCUCCUCUCUAAGGUUGCGAAUAGCGAUGGAGGUGUGACACUUACCCCUGAGGAACACAAGGAAGUGGCACAAGUAGCUGGAGAGCUUCAGAAGUAUUGUGUGAGCGAGCCUGUUAAGUGCCCUCUCAUUUUCGGAGAUUGGGACGUGGUGUACUGUUCUAGACCGACCUCUCCUGGUGGAGGCUACAGAAGCGUGAUAGGCCGCCUUUUCUUCAGAACCAACGAGAUGAUUCAAGGCAUUGAUUCUCCUGAUACCGUGAGGAACAGAGUUUCCUUCACUGCUCUUGGCUUUCUUGAUGGAGAUGUCUCUUUGACAGGGAAGCUGAAAGCGUUGGACAGUGAGUGGGUUCAGGUAAUAUUCGAGCCUCCGGAACUGAAGGUGGGAUCUUUGGAGUUUAAAUACGGUUUCGAAAGCGAAGUGAAGCUUCGGAUCACAUACGUUGAUGAGAAACUUAGGUUGGGAUUAGGCUCUAGAGGAUCAUUGUUCGUCUUUAGGAGACGUCAAUAA